AGAAUAUUCUUUGUCUCUCACUUCACAAUACCACGACCCACGAACCCAACAAAAAAUUGUCUCAAUUAAAUUCCCCCAAAUCUUGCUUCAAUUUUCCCUCCAAAAAAUGUCCCCGCCAUCUCACUCCCUCUUAUUUCCUCCUUUUUUGAAACCCUAAUCCCUCCCCUGUCUCUCUGGUGUGCAUGUGUGUGCCUCCUUCCCUCUAUCGCUCGUAUUGUCCCUCUUUUUAUGACAUGAAUUGAAGUGAAAAAAUGGGCUCUCUUGGAGACGACAAUGGCAAAAUUAAACCUUCUCAGAUGAACCCGAAGUCCGAUUCGCCUCUUGCCGGGACGCAGCCCUGUGACUUCGACUCUCAGUUUUCGCUUCCUGCAGUUUCCGGUGACAAGGUUGAUAAUGAGGAUAAUGAUGGAUUACAAUAUUUACGGAGUACAGCUCCUUUCGAUGAUGAUAAUGUUCCAGUCGAGGAUGCAUUCGAGACCCAAGUUGUGAACUUUUGCGGGGAAACUCAAGUUUUGAACUUUGGCGGUGAAACACAAGUGCUGGAUGAUGUAGAUUGCUUUGAGAAUAUGGAGACGCAAUUGUUGGAUGAGUUUGAUGACGAAGUAGCUCUUGAUAAUGAUGGUGAAGGAACAGACGUAACUGAGGUUUUGGAUGAUGGUGAUGAGGACUCAAAUGAUGAUUUAUCAAGAGGAGAUUGUGGUCGAUUUUUGGGCCAGGAGGAGAAGAAGGAAUCUUUGGAGCAAUGUAAUGCUUCUAUUGAUGAACAGAGGAGUUCAGGGAUCCAUGUUUCUACACCAGAUGUCGAAGCUGUGCCAGAAUCAAAACCUGGAUCUGUGCGAAGAUUUACUUCAGUUCGUGCAGCAUCCUUGCGGGCCUCUGGUCUUGCAGCCCGCAAUGCAGCAUUACGGGGAAUGAACAGCGAGUCUUGUUCUAUCCGGACUGAUAGUCAGUUUUCAGACCAGUGCACAGGCAAUAGUGAUGGUUUGAAUCCUAAAGUUGAGAAGAUUAAUCAGGCACAUGAUCAGGGGAAUCAUGAUGAGAACUCAAUCGGUUUGAGAAAUGGAGUCAAUUGCAGUGUUGGUUGUUCAACUGCAAGAAAACUUUUUGCUGAAAAGGAAGGACCUUUUUGUAGCGGUGAAAAUGCUGAUGCCAAGGAAGACUUGCUUCAAUGUGAUGGUUCAUUGGCAGGUUUAAGUUAUAUUGAUUCUCAAGAACCUGGGGAGUUAUCUCAAGCUAAUGCACUUAAUUUUGUGGAAAGGUUCGUAAAUGAUAAUGUGAUGGAGCUUGAUGAUGAAGUUGAUCUUGGAAAAAGUACUAGUGGAAAAUCAAAACUUAUUUCAAGUGCCAAAGGGCUGCAAAGUUUAGCUAAGAAAACUAUUGAAAGAAGAACAGCUGGUGAAACAAGGAUUUUUGACUGGGAUGAUUUUAUGGAGGAUGAAGGAGGGGGUGAUAUUUAUUGUAGAAAGAAGGAAGAAUUUUAUGGUAAUGAAAGUCGUGCUCAGAAGUCUUCUACCCAUCCCCAGAAGCCUAAAGGAAGGAAACUAGAUGAAUCUUGUAAUGAAGACCGACCGAACUCCCAUGAUAAAAAGAUAGUUUAUUCUGAUUCAAAAUUGUUGUUGUGCAAGUCAAAUGAGAAUGACAAGAAAGUAUGUGAAGGUUCAAUGAAGUUUAGAAAGAAUCUUUUCAAUGAGUCUGGUGAACAAUUCAACUCAGAUUUCUCUAGAGGACAAUUAGAAACCACUGCUUCAAAGACAGGUGCUCCUGAACUAGUAAAUGUAGGUUUCGAUACUCAGAUGGCUGCUGAAGCUAUGGAAGCCUUAUUCUAUGGGGAUGGGGCUACUGACCAGAAUGCUAAUCUAGGUGCUGAAAGCAUAUCUAAGGGUUCCUCUAAAGGUUCACUUAGAGGAAAAUCUAGGAAGAGAGUUUCUUCUAGAGAACCCACAAUGGGAAAGGGUGUUCGUUGUUCUGGUGCUGGUCCAGUUACAAGACGAUCCAAGAAAGCUAAAUCACGGAAAGAGUGUUUACUUUUGCAGGAGAAACAUUCCAAAAAUGUUAGGAAGGAGUGUGAUACAGAGCUGCUUCUGCCAGAAAUGAAGAAAGCUAAGCCAAAUACUGACGAGCACCAAAUUGCUGGUGGCAUUGAUAUGUUCAAAACGCCCUCUAAGAGUAUCAAGCAAAGAAAGGCAGGUGGAGCUUUGGAAAGGAGUCAAUAUAAUGGCACCAGAAGAUCAACUAGGGGCAGCUCAAUUAAGGAACGCCAUCCUGAGAAGGUUCAUACUUUUACACCCAUUGCUUAUCGAACAAGGCAGUCCUUGGUCAUUAAUGUACAAAUGGCUGAGACUCCAGCAAGUGAUUGGGGAAAAGGUAGAAAACAUCAAAAAGAGGUUGAUUUCCUUCAAGAAAAUAGAACUGGGAGUACAGAUAUUAAUUUAUCUGCAGUGUCAAAUGCUAAAGGGCAACUUUCUGAGUUGAGUUCCAAUCAAUCUGGAGAAUGUGAAAAUGCCAAAUCAAGUAAUAAUGACCAAUUGCAUUUGGAGUUGAUUGCCAGGAGUAGCAAUCAUGCAUUGAGCCAUCCUCAACAAAGAAGAUCCUCUCGGAAAAUGUGUGUUGAUGUUGGUGAAUCUGAUAACUUAAAAGCACAGCCUAAAAGAUCUGUUCUGCAAGAAGAUAGGGGACAAUCCAUUGCUGUGCUCAAAAGGUCCAGAAGCAACAAUAGGAGAACUCACAUUCAUUCAACCACUAGGAGGAUAACACGAUCGUCUGUGAAUACUUGUCCAGUUCUGUGUUUUGCAGACCAGAAUGCAGAAGGAAAAUUGUCUCAUCAAAGUUCAGAUAAAGAAGGUUCAGAGGAUGAUGUGAUCAAUUACAAUUCUACUGAGAUGAAUGGGAGGAUGGUAUCUACAGGAGUAACUGGACCAGAGCCAGCAAAGUCAGCCAAGCACUCUGAUGGAAACCGAGAUGCAAUUUCUUCGCCAAUUGCAGAAAGUGUAGCUGUGAAUGUCACUUUAGAUAAAUCACCAAAAGAGAAAUCUAAAUCACCUGGUUCUAAAUGCACUACACCAGUUAAUUGUCCGACACCAAUCAAUGCUGCCUCACCCGUUUGUAUGGGUGAAGAAUAUUAUAAACAAUCGUGCAAGAAGAACCUUUCAAAAUCUUCACUUAGCAAAGAACUCAGAAGUUUAAGCCACAUUGAACCAGAACCUAUUUCGCCUUUAAAAGAUAUGAGGAAGAGAAGGGAUUUGGCCAAUGUUAGAGUCUUGUUCAGCAACCACCUAGAUGAGGAUGUAAUUAAACAGCAGAAAAAGAUCUUGGCCCGCCUAGGUAUCUCUGAGGCGUCAUCUAUAUUAGAUGCAACACACUUCAUAACUGAUAAAUUUGUGCGCACUAGGAAUAUGUUGGAGGCAAUUGCUUCUGGCAAACCAGUUGUUACAUAUUUAUGGCUUGAAAGCAUUGGACAGGUUAAUAUUCACAUUGAUGAAGAAGCUUACAUAUUGAGGGACAUAAGAAAAGAGAAAGAGCUUGGCUUUUGCAUGCCAGUUUCUUUAGCACAUGCACGCAAGAGACCCUUAUUACAGGGUCGAAGAGUUUUUAUCACCCCAAAUACAAAGCCAGGCAAAGAAACAAUCUCACAUUUGGUUACAGCAGUUGGUGGUCAGGCUGUCGAGAGAAUUGGCAGAUCUGCUACGAAGGAUGACAAAGUCCCAGAUGAUUUGUUGGUUCUAUCAUGUGAAGAAGAUUAUGCGACCUGUGUCCCUUUUCUUGAAAAAGGGGCAGCAGUUUACAGUUCAGAGCUGCUACUGAAUGGAAUAGUUACUCAGAAAUUGGAUUAUGAGAGGCAUCGGCUCUUUGGAGAUCAUGUUAAAAGAACACGCUCUACCAUAUGGCUGAGGAAGGAUGAUAAAUUCCUCCCAGUGACAAAGCAUAAAUAAAGUUUUGAGCUUUCUUUUUGAUUUUCAGCUUCCUCUCAAUUUUCUUCUUGUUUUUCCAUUUCUUCAACGCGCUGUCUUCUUAGUUAGAGAAUUUAGAAUGUAAUGAUCUGUACAUAGAGUGGAUUUCUUAGAUUUAUUUCCUUGUAGAAUUAGUUUAGCUGUAUGGUAAAUGCUUAGAUGCGGGUUUGAUUUGUUUCUUUCUUUAAUUUAUUCAUAAAUUUACCAUCAUGUAUAAAUUUGCUGUUAACUUUUUCUGAAUGGGAAUUCUUUUCUGAUCUAUGUACUUGACCAUGCAAUCAUCAGGGUGCAAAAUGGAAUUUAGUAA